GUGAUUGUGGAGCCAGUUAUUGGAAUUUCCGACGAUUCACAUGUGGCCGAAGGUGUUUGGGGUAUAUUGAAAGGACGUGUAGUGCGCUAUUUAAUACAGGGUGAAAGUGUUGUGCUCGGUCGGGACACUCAAACUCACAAGGUAGGUAUUUGCGAAGUUCAUUCCUAA